ACCAAGAUUUUCAGUACUGACACUAUUUGAAGGUGAUUUACUUGGAGUGUUUAGGGCCCCAGCCUUGAACAAACCACACUAUAUGUAAUUUCUGCUAUGUAUAUGUUUAUUUUUUUUGGAAGAGAGGGAGAGAGUGAGCCUUUUCUUCUUAGGCAAGAAAUCCUCGUCAGAACUACAUGUGCUUUUCCUCUAAAGCCCUAACCUGCACACUGGAGAACCGUCACAGUGCUGCUCCUUUUUGCUGAAACCCUAACCCUAGAAUGGACGUGAUCAAGACUCAGCAGAUCUCAUCUAGGCCGAUAGAGAAAGUAAUUGUUCAUCCACUGGUUCUUCUGAGCAUAGUGGACAAUUACAACAGAGUUGCAAAGGAUACGAAGAAAAGGGUCAUUGGUGUUCUUCUAGGGUCUUCUUUCAGAGGAACUGUCGACGUUACCAAUAGCUAUGCAGUCCCUUUUGAAGAAGAUGAAAAGGACCCAAGCAUAUGGUUUCUGGACCACAACUACCAUGAAGCCAUGUUUGGAAUGUUCAAGAGGAUAAAUGCCAAGGAACAUGUUGUUGGUUGGUACAGCACUGGUCCAAAGUUAAGGGAGAACGACCUGGAUGUGCAUGCACUGUUCCUUGAUUAUGUACCUAAUCCUGUCCUAGUUAUUAUUGAUGUCCAACCUAAGGAGCUCGGCAUCCCUACCAAAGCUUACUAUGCCGUUGAAGAGGUUAAAGAGAAUGCCACUCAGAAAAGCCAGAAGGUAUUUGUCCAUGUACCUUCAGAAAUUGCAGCUCAUGAGGUUGAGGAAAUUGGUGUUGAGCACUUGCUUAGAGAUGUUAAAGACACAACAAUAAGCACUCUCGCUACAGAGGUAACUGGAAAAUUAGCAGCUCUACAGGGCCUUGAUGCUCGGCUUCGAGAAAUUCAUAGCUACCUGGAUGUUGUAGUUGACGGGAAAUUACCACUGAAUCAUGAGAUUUUGUAUCAUUUGCAGGAUGUUUUCAAUUUGCUGCCGAAUCUAAAUGUCAAUGAGUUGAUCAAGGCCUUCGCAGUGAAAACUAAUGAUAUGAUGCUCGUUAUUUACCUUUCUUCGCUCAUCCGGAGUGUUAUUGCGCUGCACAACCUGAUCAACAACAAGAUGCUCAACAAAGAACAUGAAAAAGCUGAAGAUGCCACACCAACACCCAUUCCAGCUUCAGCCGGAAGUUAAAUGAUGGCUUCUGCUCACUGUUAAAAAGUUUUUAUGCCCUCUGCUGAGAUCCCCAAACCCUGCAGAAUUUCCUUUUCCAUGGUAGUAAGAAAACAUUGGCCAGUUAAGAUCACAUUUUUCUUUAACCUUUUGCUUUCACGGAUGGGACUUUGCUUCUCAGUAUGAUUUAUGGGGAUUAAACUGGUUAGAGCUAUUAUCUGAUUAAACUUUUCGCGGUCCAUGUAAAAUUGGAUGAAAUGCACUUUUAUGAAUUAAUCAACUAUUAGUGUUAUUUCUAGUAGUCUUUUGGUCUUGGUCACUCUGGCCCUUGGAUUUCAUUUUGGCCCGAAAUACUGUAUAUCAAAGAAAUAUUAAAGAAAUCUUUGAUACUUCCA